AUGGCAUCCAACGGCGAGAAAGGACUGAUCGUUAGCUUCGGCGAGAUGCUGAUCGAUUUCGUCCCAACCGAAUCCGGCGUCUCCCUCGCCGAAGCUCCUGGAUUCCUCAAAGCUCCCGGCGGUGCUCCCGCCAACGUCGCCAUCGCGGUUUCGCGUCUCGGUGGACGAUCCGCCUUCGUCGGGAAGCUCGGCGACGACGAGUUCGGCCAUAUGCUGGCUGGGAUUCUCAGGAAAAACGGUGUAGCUGAUCAGGGGAUCAAUUUCGACACGGGAGCUAGAACCGCCCUCGCGUUCGUCACGUUACGUGCUGACGGAGAUCGGGAGUUUAUGUUCUACCGGAAUCCCAGCGCUGAUAUGCUCCUCCGCCCCGACGAGCUCAACCUUGACCUCAUCAGAUCCGCCAAAGUGUUUCACUACGGAUCAAUAAGCUUAAUAGUGGAGCCAUGUAGGUCUGCUCACUUAAAGGCCAUGGAGGUAGCGAAAGAAGCAGGAGCUCUUCUUUCCUACGACCCAAACCUCAGGGAACCUCUGUGGCCAUCAAAGGAAGAAGCCAAAACACAGAUCAUGAGCAUCUGGGACAAAGCUGAGAUCAUCAAGGUAAGCGACGUUGAGCUCGAGUUUCUAACUGGAAGCAACAAGAUCGAUGAUGAGACCGCAAUGUCCUUGUGGCAUCCCAACUUGAAGCUCUUGCUCGUCACCCUCGGUGAAAAGGGAUGUCGGUAUUACGCCAAGACUUUCCGUGGAUCUGUUGACCCUUUCCAUGUGAACGCCGUGGAUACAACCGGCGCUGGAGAUUCCUUUGUCGGUGCACUUCUAAACAAGAUUGCCGAUGAUCAAUCCAUUCUCGAGGACGAAGAGAGAUUGAGAAAGGUGCUGAGAUUCGCAAACGCUUGUGGAGCAAUCACCACGACCAAAAAAGGAGCAAUUCCGGCUCUUCCCUCAGAGGCUGAAGUUGACAGCUUCCUAGAAGGGAAAUAG